CACUCAAUCCCCAAAUCCGAUCUCCCGCUCUCGGCCUCUCUCUCUCUCUCUCUCUCUCUCUCUCCGUUCUCCGUCCCCAAUUUCCGAUCCUCUCCGAUGAGUGGCACCAGCAGUAAGCGCCGCGGCCCUCCGGCCGCCGGCGCCUCCGCUCCAUCCAAGCGAUUCCAAGGAAACAAUGCCGGCAGCCAUAACCCUAGCCCCUCGGCUCAGCAGCCUAGGCCGGCGGCGAUCGAGGAUGAGAUGAUGGACGAGGACGUCUUCCUCGAAGAGUCCAUCAUGAUGCAUGAAGAGGACGAGGAGGCCCUCCUCCUUCUCCGUGACGAAGCCCUCGCGUCCCGCCUCUCUCGAUGGAAGCGCCCUCCUCUUCCUUUUUCGUUCACACCCUCCUCCAAUUCGAUCAUUUUCCAGCAGCUAGAGAUCGAUUAUGUGAUAAGUGAGAGCCACAAGGAGCUGCUGCCCAACUCCUUUGGCCCCGCUGCGAUUCUCAGGAUCUUUGGUGUCACAAGAGAAGGGCACAGUGUGUGCUGCCAUAUCCAUGGAUUCGAACCAUACUUCUACAUUACCUGCCCUGCAGGGAUGGGGCCUGAUGACGUUUCGAUGUUCCAACAAACUCUCGAAGGAAGGAUGAGAGAGUCGAAUAGGAAUACCAAUGUUCCGAAGUUUGUCCGGCGAGUUGAGAUGGUGCGGAAGAAGAGCAUCAUGUAUUAUCAGGCAAAGGACCCACACAUUUUUCUCAAAAUUGUGGUUGCUUUACCAACAAUGGUCGCUAGCUGUCGAGGCAUUCUUGAGAAGGGCAUACAAAUUGAAGGCCUUGGUUCAAAGUGUUUCAUUACAUAUGAAAGCAACAUACUUUUUGCUCUACGUUUCAUGAUAGAUUGUGGCAUUGUUGGUGGCAAUUGGAUUGAGGUCCCUGCAGGAAAGUACAAAAUGACAACCAAGAGCAUCUCUUAUUGUCAGCUAGAAGUAGAUUGCUUGUAUUCUGAAUUGAUAAGUCAUGCCCCCGAAGGGGAAUUCUCUAAAAUGGCACCGUUUCGGAUAUUGAGUUUUGAUAUUGAGUGUGCUGGUCGUAAAGGACUUUUUCCUGAGCCUAGUCAUGAUCCAGUGAUUCAGAUUGCCAAUUUAGUCACCCUUCAAGGCGAUGACAAGCCUUUUGUUCGUAAUGUCAUGACCCUCAAGUCAUGCUCGUCAAUUGUGGGGGUUGAUGUGAUGUCAUUUGAAACAGAAAGAGAUGUCUUGGUUGCUUGGAGAGAUUUCAUUCGUGAGGUGGACCCCGAUAUUAUAAUUGGGUAUAAUAUAUGCAAGUUUGAUUUGCCGUAUCUAAUUGAGAGAGCUGAGGCUCUUAAGAUAGGUGAGUUUCCGAUUUUGGGUCGCAUUAGAAACAGCCGAGUUCGUGUUCGUGAUACAACAUUUUCUUCCAGACAGUAUGGGGUGAGAGAAAGCAAGGAAGUGACAAUCGAGGGGAGGGUUCAGUUUGAUCUUCUUCAGGCUAUGCAAAGGGAUUACAAGCUCAGUUCCUAUUCUUUGAACUCUGUUUCUGCACACUUUCUAGGAGAGCAAAAAGAGGAUGUUCACCAUUCGAUAAUAUCUGAUCUGCAAAAUGGAAACUCAGAAACAAGAAGGCGGCUUGCUGUCUAUUGCUUGAAGGAUGCUUAUCUUCCCCAGAGGCUUUUAGACAAGUUGAUGUAUGUUUAUAACUAUGUGGAGAUGGCAAGAGUUACUGGUGUACCUAUUUCUUUUCUGCUUUCUAGAGGGCAGAGCAUUAAGGUCCUUUCUCAACUUCUUAGAAAAGCAAAGCAAAAAAACCUUGUCAUUCCAAAUAUUAAAGGACAGGGAUCUGGACAAGAUACUUUUGAGGGUGCAACUGUCUUAGAGGCAAAGGCAGGAUUUUAUGAGAAGCCCAUUGCAACAUUGGACUUUGCUUCUCUAUACCCAUCGAUCAUGAUGGCGUACAACCUUUGCUAUUGUACUUUGGUGACAUCAGAGGAUGCCCGCCAGCUCAAUUUGCCCGCAGAUAGUUACAAUAAAACUCCAUCUGGUGAAAUAUUUGUCAAGUCUGAUCUACAAAAGGGUAUACUGCCAGAAAUCCUUGAAGAGCUGUUAGCUGCUCGAAAAAGAGCGAAAGCAGAUCUGAAGGAAGCCAAAGAUCCAUUGGAAAGGGCCGUGCUGGAUGGGCGUCAGCUUGCUUUAAAAAUAAGUGCAAACUCUGUUUAUGGAUUCACUGGAGCUACCAUUGGUCAAUUGCCAUGCUUAGAAAUUUCUUCGAGUGUCACAAGCUAUGGGAGACAGAUGAUCGAGCACACAAAGAAGCUUGUUGAAGAGAAGUUUACAACAAUGGGUGGAUAUGAUUAUAAUGCAGAAAUUGUAUAUGGAGACACUGAUUCUGUGAUGGUACAAUUUGGUGUUUCAACUGUGGAAUCUGCAAUGAAAUUAGGAAGAGAGGCGGCAGAUUACAUUAGUGGAACUUUCAUAAAGCCCAUUAAAUUGGAGUUUGAAAAGGUUUAUUACCCAUACCUACUGAUUAGCAAGAAGAGAUAUGCUGGAUUGUACUGGACAAAUCCUGAUAAAUUUGAUAAAAUGGACACUAAAGGCAUUGAAACAGUCAGAAGAGACAACUGUUUACUGGUAAAGAACUUGGUAAAUGAGUGUCUUCACAAAAUUUUGAUAGAUCGAGAUGUUCCUGGUGCCGUACAAUAUGUCAAAAACACCAUCUCUGAUCUUCUUAUGAAUCGCAUGGAUCUAUCUCUUUUGGUUAUAACAAAAGGUUUGACAAAAAUGGGAGAUGAUUAUGCUGUAAAAGCUGCACAUGUGGAACUUGCUGAACGCAUGCGUAAGAGAGAUGCUGCUACUGCACCAAAUGUGGGAGAUCGUGUUCCAUAUGUGAUAAUUAAAGCUGCAAAAGGCGCCAAGGCUUAUGAGAAAUCAGAGGAUCCAAUAUAUGUUUUGGAGAAUAACAUUCCAAUAGACCCUCAGUAUUACCUUGAAAACCAAAUUAGUAAGCCACUUUUGAGAAUAUUUGAGCCUAUUUUGAAAAAUGCAAGUAAGGAGCUUCUUCGUGGAAGUCACACCAGAGCUGUAUCUAUUUCAACUCCUUCAAAUAGUGGUAUAAUGAAGUUUGCCAAGAAACAGCUCAGUUGCCUUGGGUGCAAAACUGUAAUCAGUGGUGAGAACCAAACACUCUGCUCACACUGCAAAGGAAGAGAAGCAGAACUCUAUUGCAAAACAGUUACAAAUGUUGCGGAUUUAGAGAUGCUCUUUGGAAAGUUGUGGACACAGUGCCAAGAAUGCCAAGGCUCUCUUCACCAAGAUGUGCUAUGUACAAGUCGGGAUUGCCCAAUAUUUUAUCGGAGAAAGAAGGCACAGAAGGACAUGGCAGAAGCCAGAAUGCAGCUAGAUCGAUGGAACUUUUGAUCUUUCUAGAACUUCAUUUACGCCUGUGGCAUUCUUCUCCAGAGGCUCAAGUUUAUCACCUGAAAAAUAUGUGAUGGUUUUUUUUUAAGUGGUCACGAAAGCUUCGCAUAGACUGGGCUGAUGAAAGAAGAUAAAACAUCACUAUUAUCACGGAAGCCUGGUUUGGGGAAUUAACAUGCUUCCUGCUUCCGGUUGAGAAAACUAAGAGAUGACGUUGUGAGGUUUUCAGGUGAGAUAGAUCUAGGUUCAAGUUUGGUUGUGCUUCUGAGAUCUUUAUAUUCUCUCAAGCUAGUAAGGAAGGAAGCACUUAUCAGCAGUCAUCUUAUCAAGGUAAGUUAGUGUUUUGAUUAUGGAUGUAUAUAUUACUCAGUUAGCUUAUUUUUCCAUCCCAUCAUGUGUUGCAAACUUGAUAUCCUCUGCUGUUG